GCGUCCUCCGAUUUUGUUCAUGGAAAAGUGUAUCGCCAUAUUGCUUCCGUGAAUUCAGUGAAAUAAUUGUUAAUUUCUCUUCAAUUAUGACUACAAUACGAAAAUGAAGUGAAGUAAAAUAAACCAAGGUGGAUCAGUAAGUGUGGGAACACAUUUUUGUGCAUCACAACUUGUGAUUUUAGGCGAAAAAGCGUUGGGGCCGAGACAGGAUGUCGUUCGAGAAGAUGGAAGUGGUGAAUCCGGCUGAAAAGGAAGCAAGCGAGGUUCUCCACUCGCUUCUGUCCGUGGAGCGGCGCAGCGUGGAUAGCAAAGAGGCGAUCAUCGUGUCUAUUCCGCCAGACCAGAACGGCGGCGGCGAGUAUGGCGAGAGCGCGCAGUGGCACACGCCUGUCAUGGGCCAACAUUCCGUUUUUGAAAUGGGCGGUAAUCAAAACAUACAGCAGCAUAACUAUAAUGGACAUCAGGAACAGGUUCUCUGGCAAGGUCAUACCAUACAAGUCGAAAACGGUGAUGGCAACAUGCAAGGAAUUACCCAGCAGUAUAAUAUACAAUUUGCUACAGUUGAAGUUGAACCUCCAGAUAUGGAAGUUGACACUAAGCCUAAAGUUGAAAAGAAGACAUUUGCAAAGAAAAAGAAAAAAGCGGAAUCAGACAGUGAUGAUGAUACUUUUGAUAACAAGUUAGAGGACAAUCCUGCCCAGGUAAAGGAUCGACUUAUGAGAGGCUGUGAUUGCAAAGAUAACUGCUAUCGUGGACUUAAUCCUGAGGCUGUGUAUCGGCACAGAUUGAAUAUUGCUGAGUUGACUAAAAGUGAACACGACAUGUAUUUGAUGGGCAUCACUAUGGCCAGUUUGGCGAAUCCUGCAGAAACAUCGCGGCACAAGGUCAGAAGGAGACUACGCGCGUGUUAUGUUUAUCAAGGUCGAAAGGUUUGUUUAGAAGCAUUUUUAUAUCUAGAAAAUGUGACACACUAUCAGCUAAAGCGUAUCAGACAGCACGUAAUGACACAUGGCGUUGCUCCCAGAAUACACGGCAACGUCGGCAAGAAACCUUACAAUACUUUCACCCUAGACAUCUACAAACAUGCAACCAACUUUCUCAAAGAAUACUUAAAACAACAUGCUAGCUCACCCAAAGAUGUUCAGCCAUCAGGGGAAGGAGGUAAAAAAGGCAGCAAAACAGUUAUCAUUUCGGGAGAUUCUCGGAAACAUUUAUUUGAGGCUUACAAAGAGUAUGGUGAAAUCCUGGAACCUGGUGUUAAAUUAAUGGGCUACUCCACAUUCAGAGCUUUCAUGAAAGAUCAAUUCCCGCAUGUCAAAUUUGCGACGAAAAAGCAGGACCUACCCAAAGAUAUGGCGCCAUUCCGCAGUGGUAAAUGUAUGUCUUACGAUAAGAAUAAAGACCCUGUUAGAAUACAACAAGAAAAGGAGAAGGCUGAGGCGAAGAAGGCAGCUUUAGAAGCUAAGAAGAAAGAAGAGCAUGAGCGUGAACAGCAUGCACAGCAACAGGCUCAACAGCAGCAACAACAGGUACAGCAACAACAACAGCAGCAAGUGCAACAAGUGCAAGUACAGCAGCAUCAACAGAUGCAAAAUCAAGGGCCGCACGUGGUUAUCCACCAGCAGCAGCCACAGCAACAACAAACCAUGCAGCAGCAGAUGCUAGUGCCGCAGGUUAGCCAGCACCAGCAGGUGCUCAAUCAACAAGUUGGAGGUGUGCAGCAAGUUACUCAGCAACACUUACAACCUUUGGGCGUAUCAGAAGAGAGUGGGCAACAGGUGGAAAUGGCGCAGCAGGUAAUCCCGCUUGCUGUGGUCCAGCAGCCGCCGCAAGCGUACAUCGUCACUCCCGUGUCCCACUUCCAGACGCGCGUACAAGGUGCUUGGUAUAGACAUUGACAGGAGAACGAAACUGUGGUUGCACAGGUAAUUGCCGCUGUGGAAAUCGCGAACAAUACGGAGGCGAACAGAGACCUAUUUACGUAACCUAAGAUCUCUUUAUCGACCUAAUGGUCGCAAAUCGGUAGUUCCCGUUAUCAAAUGUAAUUUUUGUAGCCAUUUGUAACUUUGGCAAUAAUGUAACAAGGAUAUUCGUAGGUUACAACUUUCAGUAUUGAUUUAAGCGCUGGCUGAUAACUAGUGUAGUUAAGUAUAAACAUGUUACACAAUUUAUAUUAGAAUUAGCUAAGUAAUGAUUUUUUUUUAUUUGUGAUUUUUCUAUUAAAGAUCACCAGUGCAGUUGAGAAAAACGAUUGUAGCGGGUACAUUAUUUACUAAAGUACAGUUUUCUUCAUCACACUGAUUCAAAUGAAAAUUUAUUAAAAUGCAGUGCCUUGAUAUUAUGACGUCGAUCAUGUGUUUGUAUAGAAAUAAUAUAUAUUUCUUUCUGUUCUUCACAAACAUCUUUCAUCUCACUGUCGUUUUACUUUCGGGAUAUCUUGUCUGAAUGCAUAUCGAUUACUAAAUGAGAAAUACUUUUUCCCCUCAUAUAAUCCUCAUUUGAUUUAGGUAGAUAUUUAAGUUUAAAAGAUUAAUAUCGUAUUAAGACUUAAAAGUACAUGCACGGUUUAAGUGCAAUUUAAUUUUAAAGACAAUUCACUGCAACCAAUGUAGUCCUUAUGAUGUUCGUAUAAAAUCACAAUUAUCUAUCUUAAUUUAUGUUACAAAUUAGUUGGUAGCAUUUGAAUAUUAUUUAAAAAAAGUCACAGAAAAUGAAGUUAAUUAUCUUGUUUAUAUAAACACAAUUUCUUUUACAAACGAGUUAUCGCUACGUGCUGCGACUGUAAAUUCGAACAAUCUGAAGAAAGCAUAAGGGUGCAAGUAAUAUGGUUUCUUCGAUAUGUGUGCGUAUGUAUUAAAUUUUUAAAACUACUUUUGCACUUUUGAUGAUAUUCAAAUCAUCCAUGUAUUUUUAUUAGUGUUUUAUAAAUCUGAUAUAUCAGUAAAAUAAUGAAAAAUCUCAUUUUAUUUUUUCAUUAAAAUAGGUUUAGCGUAAUUUAUGUAAUUAAUAGAAGUGUGUAAUCAAUAUAACUAUAGAUAGUACAGAAAUGUGCCUAGAAGAUAUGCUUAUCCCGUGUAUUUUUAUAGUGCAAUAACCAAUUAGAUUCGGAGCGUGGUCCAAAAUUGUUUAUAGAUGCAAAAUAAUAUGUUAAAAUUAUGUGUAACUUUAGUAAAAACAUUCUAGAGCCUUUUUUGUUUCAAAGUUUGCCCCCAUCAUCCAGUUCAAAUGGCAGCUAUAACACAAUGCACCUUUUAAAGUAAAUUACCAAUGCGAACGAGUGUGUUAUAAAUUAUUACACCUAAAAUCGCAAGAAUCCUUUCCUAAAUUCCAGUUGCGUACUGCCAAACAUUUAUUACAGUUAUCGACAAACUUUCGGUUACGCUGAAAUAAAUUUGUUCAAAACCUUGCUUCGAAUCGUAGUGAUUGCCCUAUGCAUGAUAUUCGGCAUCUAUGUUCCAAAUUAAUUAUCGUAGGAAGACAUGAUGUGAUAGAAAUUAAAACUUUUUUAC